AUGGAUAGGAUAACGUUUAGUGUGAAUAAUGAGAAGUGCUCCGUGGGUUCAGAGGUGGACACAGACACGACCCUGAACGACUACAUCCGCAACCACCUGAACCUUCGCGGCACGAAGUUCAUGUGCAAGGAGGGGGGGUGUGGCUCCUGCAUGGUCGCCGUCACCGUCUCUGAUCCUCAUCGAAGAACAUUCUCUGUUAAUUCUUGCCUAGUAUUGGUAACACAAUGCCAAGACUGGGAGAUAACAACGAUAGAAGGGAUUGGGGGUCGAGGGAAGGGGUACCACCCGGUGCAGAAGACCCUAGCAGAGUACAACGGUACCCAGUGCGGUUACUGCAGCCCAGGAUUCGUCAUGAGCAUGUACAGUCUCCUAGAAGCAAAUCAUUACGAUCUAACAAUGUACGAGAUAGAAAAUGCAUUCGGGAGUAACACUUGCCGAUGUACUGGAAGCAGACCUAUACUAGAUGCAUUCAAAAGCUUUGCUAAAGAUGCUCCCAAACCACCACCGAAGAUUGAAGAUAUAGAAGACCUGAAGAUUUGCCACGGUAAAGGAGAUUGUCAUAAAUGUGAUAAAAAUUGGUGUGUGGUCAACCAAAGUGAUGCGGAACCUCCACAUAUAAAGAAAAUUAAUCUUAAAGAUGGUCAUGUAUGGUAUAGAGUACAUGAAAUUAAUGACAUAUUCACUGUUUUGGAUGCUGAAGGCUAUGAGUCUUAUAUGUUGGUUAACGGUAAUACAGGCAGAGGUGCUGUUCCAAUUUUGGUCUUCCCAAGAGUCUUGAUAGAUAUCAAACCCAUAAAAGAUCUGACAGGGUUCUUCCUAGAUCAGAACCUGGUUGUCGGCGCUGGCACAACACUGACUGAUCUUAUGGAAAUCUUCAAAAGCGUCUCAAAGGAACACGAACAAUUCCAUUAUCUUCACAGGCUUUACGAACAUUUAGAUCUUGUUGCUCAUAUACCUGUUAGAAACAUCGGAAGUAUAGCUGGGAAUUUGAUGUCUAAACAUCGUCUACCAACAUUUUCAUCUGACAUUUUCCUGUUGCUUGAAACUGUCAGAGCUUAUUUAGUUAUUGUUCAUAAAGGUUCGGUAGAGGAAGUAACCCCUGAGCAGUUUUUAUCAUUAGAUAUGACAGGACGAGUAAUCACUCAAAUCAAAAUACCUCCUUACUCACAGCAUUACCAGUUCGUGUCAUUCAAGAUCAUGCCUCGAGCUCAAAAUGCGCACGCUCAAGUCAACGCAGGAUUUUUGUACGAGUUUCACGAACAUGACAAAGAUAUGGUGGUAUCAGCUAGAAUUGUGAUCGGUGGCCUUUCAGGAAAAUUUGUUCAUGCACACGAAACUGAAGCUUUUCUACAUAUGAAAAAGAUAUUCACUAACGAAGUUCUACAGCAAGCCUUGAAGGUCUUAGAAGGGGAGCUGAUUGUCGAAGAAAUAGCUGGAGAAAUGAAACCAGAGUACAGGAAGAAAUGUGCUCUUGGAUUGUUCUACAAAAGUUUAUUGGUACUGAUUCCAAAACAGUAUCUAAAGCCUUGGUAUCGCUCGGGAGCCCGAGACUUCAGGAAGACUCGACCUCUGUCUAAAGGUUCCGAAGUAUAUGACACGAAUCCUAAAAUAUGGCCAGUCAAUGAAGCUAUGCCAAAGCUUGACGCGUUGAUACAAUGUGCCGGGGAGGCUACAUAUAGCAAUGACUUGCCUACUCAGCCUAAGGAAGUUUUUUGUGCCUUUGUGACGUCAGAUAUUUGCACUGGUGAAAUUGAGAGUAUUGAUGCUUCACCAGCUUUGAAAAUACCAGGAGUUUUAGCCUUCUUUUCCGCCAAAGACAUUCCAGGGAAAAACUCUUUCUUAUCCCAAAGAGUACCUACCCAAUUGACGCCAGAAGAAGUCUUCGCGGCAAAGGAAAUAAAAUAUUACGACCAGCCGAUUGGAGUCAUUGUUGCGGAAAAUGAAAGACUGGCCCACAGAGCUUCUUUACUGGUCAAAGUGAACUACAAGGUGGAUAAAAGGAAGCCUCUCUUAACCCUUCAAGAUGUAAGAGAGAAGGAUCCUAGCCGUAUUACGUUGUUUGUAGUCUUCCCUGCUAGAGAACGGGGCGCUAAUGUUCAGAGAAUUCUGAAAGGAACCGAUGAUAUCUUUGCUCAGUAUCAUUAUUCAAUGGAAACGCUCACUACAGUCACCAGGCCAAGUGAAGAUGGGAUCGAUGUGUGGGCCGCUACGCAGUGGAUAGACUCUUUUCAAGUUGGUCUGUCUGAAGUACUGGAUAUUCCCCAGAAUCGAAUAAAUGUGACAGUGCCAAGAUGUGGUGGUGCAUACGGGUUGAAGAUAUCUCGCACGAACCACGUGGGAGCCGCGUGCGCUCUCGUCACUCACCUGAUGGACCGACCCUGUCGGUUUGUGUUGAGCAUCCAAGCCAGCUUGCGGUGUAUCGGCAAGCGAUUCCCCAGCCAACGGGAGUUUGAAGCUGGCGUCAGUAGUUCGGGUGAAAUCCAGUAUCUGGAGUACCAUUUGUAUGAGGACAAUGGCUAUGUGGUCAGUGACCCCCUGGGACCUACCCUGUUACCCGGAGUCAGGAAUUGUUACGACAAUAGACGUUGGUCUACCAAGAUAUUCAAUGUGACUACAGACACGGCAUCUAAUACGUAUGCUAGAGCACCGGGUUCGUUGGAGACAAUAUGCAUGACAGAGCAAAUAAUGGAGAGAAUAUCAUACGAACUAGAUAGAGACCCAACGCAAGUGAGACUCACUAACAUUGAACCGUCGUACGUUGACGUACAAGAGAUCAUUGGAACACUGCUGAGAGACGGCGAGUACGAGAAGCGUAAAGAAGAAGUUGCGAAAUUCAAUAAACAGAACAGAUGGAAGAAACGAGGAUUGAGAGUGGCGUUCAUGAAUUGGCCCGCAGCUACUUUACUUGAUUUUCACGUACUUCUCUCAGUAUAUCACGCAGAUGCAACAGUUAUAGUACACCACGGCGGCAUAGAAAUUGGACAAGGCAUAAAUACGAAAGUCAUUCAAACAGUGGCGUAUACUCUGAACAUUUCUAUAGAUAAGGUCAAGUGCAAGCCUCCGACUGCUGCGACGAACCCUAACAACUUUACGACUGGUGCAAGUAGGACUACAGAAGCUGUUUGCUUUGCUGCUAUAAAAUGCUGUCAGAUUAUUUUAGACCGUUUGGACACUGUUAGGGAAACUUUAGUUGAUCCUACGUGGGAGCUUUUGGUUGAAACUGCAUAUAAUAGGGGCAUUAAUCUUCAGUCGAGUUACAGAGUGACUCCCAAUGAUCAAGUGCCGUAUAGGUCUGCAGGAGUGGCCUUGGCUGAGGUGGAACUUGAUAUACUGACGGGCGAACAUGAAAUACUGCGGGUUGAUAUUGUUGAAGAUGUUGGUACGAGUACGAAUCCAGAAUUGGAUAUUGGACAGGUUGAAGGUGCCUUCAUGAUGGGAGUCGGCUACUGGACCCAUGAGGAGCUAAUCUACGACAAGAAGACUGGAGAACUGCUCACCGACCGUAGCUGGUACUACAAAGUACCACUGACUAAGGACAUACCUAUUGACUUCAGAGUUCAGCUCAGGAGGAACUCCUAUAAUCCUUUGGGGACCUUAGGAGCUAGAGCGGUGGCCGAGCCUCCAACGUGCCUAGCCAUUUGUGUGGCUUUUGCUCUGCGCGAAGCCAUCGCUUCAUCGAGGGAAAAUACCGGUUAUCCCAGAAACAAAUGGUUUAAAGUAGAUGGUCCGUUUACCCUCGCUGCAAAUGUCUUGUCAGCAGAUGUGCGUUUAGAAGAGUUUCUAUUUAAAUAG